CGUAGCAGAGGCCCAGGUAAAGGAAGUGGUCCCCCGUGGACAACUAGCCACAAACCGGGACACCGAGCCUGGAUGGCAGCGAGGAUUUCCACGGAGCCAGUUCAAAUGUUUUUAUUUGGGACAAUUAGAAGCAUUUAGCUCCACGGUUAGUGCAGAUCUGCAGGAUUCAGUCCGACUGCUGCCGUAUGACCCGUUCUGACAGGAGAGAAUCAGGAGUUGAACAGAAAUGUUACCAUGAAGCCCAGAUUAGCUGUUCUCUGCUCGUCAAUAAACUCAGCUGUUACCUUGUUCUCCUCUGUCCUGUUAGUGAUCUUCAGUCAAGAGGGGAAGAUGAAAUGAGAUAAGUGGACGUCUGGAGGAGCGCAGCCCCUUCACCUCCACCUCCAGCUCAGCUCAGUGAAGCAUGGCAGGCCUGCAGCUCGUCACCCCUGCUACUUCACCCAUGGGGCCCUUCUUUGGUUUGCCGUGGCAGCAGGAGGCCAUCCAUGACAACAUUUACACGCCCAGGAAAUAUCAGGUCGAACUUCUCGAAGCAGCUCUUGAACGCAACACUAUCGUCUGCUUGAACACGGACUCAGGGAAGACCUUUAUUGCAGUACUCCUAACUAAAGAGCUCUCCCACCAAAUCCGAGGGAGCUACCAGGAAAAUGCCAAAAGGACAGUUUUCCUGGUUAAUUCAGUGUCGUCUGUAAUUCAGCAAGCGGCUGCAGUCAGAACUCACUCGGACCUCCAGGUGGGGGAAUACUCAGACUGGAAGGAGGCGUCAGCUUGGUCGGAUCAGAGAUGGAGUCAGGAGAUAUCCACAAAUCAGGUCCUGGUGAUGACGUGCCACAUCUUCCUUCAUGCUCUGAGGAGUCAGAUCUUACCUCUGUCUAAAAUCAACCUGGUGGUGUUCGACGAUUGUCACCUGGCGAUCACAGAGCACCCUUACUGUGACAUCAUGAAGCUGUUUGAGGAAUGCACUUGUGGACCACGAAUACUGGGCCUCACUGCUUCUAUCCUCAAUGGGAAAUGUGACCCAUCCGAACUGGAGCAGAAGAUCCAGAAUCUAGAAAGAAUCCUGAAAAGCAAUGCUGAAACGGCGACUGACCUGGUGGUCCUCGACAGGUACACGUCUCAGCCGAGGGAAGUGGUGCUGGACUGCGGUCCCUACGUGGACAGGAGCGGCCUUUCAUCCCGUUUGCAGGCGGAGCUGGAUGAAGCUCUCCUCUUCCUCAACGACUGCAACAUCCCGUUUUCCAGAGAGGACAGAGAUCCCACAUUCAUCUCCAAACAGAUCCUGAGCGACUGCCGAGCCGUGUUGCUGGUUCUGGGUCCUUGGUGUGCAGACAAGGCUGCAGGUAUCAUGGUGCGAGAGCUGCAGAAGUACAUCAAACACGAACAGGAGGAGCUCAACAGAAAGUUCCUGCUCUUCACCGACACCACCCUGAGGAAGGUGCAUGCUCUGUGCGAGGAGCACUUCUCCCCCGCCUCCCUGGACCUCAAGUUCGUCACGCCGAAGGUGCUGCGCUUGCUUGAGAUCCUGCACGAGUACAAGCCGCUGGAGCGCCAGCAGUUUGAGAGUGUGGAGUGGUACAACAACCGCAACCAGGACAAUUACGUGUCGUGGAGCGACUCAGAGGAUGAGGACGAGGACGAGGAGGUGGAGGCCAAAGAGAGGCCAGAGACCAACUUUCCCUCCCCGUUCACCAACAUCCUUUGUGGGAUCAUCUUCGUGGAGCGGCGCUACACAGCUGUGGUUCUGAACCGUCUAAUCAAAGAGGCAGGGAAGCAGGACCCGGAGCUGGCUUACAUCAGCAGCAACUUCAUCACCGGCCACAGCAUCGGGAAGAACCAGCCGAGGAACAAGCAGAUGGAGGUGGAGUUCAGGAAGCAGGAGGAGGUUCUCAGAAAGUUCAGAGCUCACGAAACCAACCUGCUGAUUGCCACCAGCAUCGUAGAGGAAGGUGUGGAUAUUCCAAAGUGCAACCUUGUGGUCCGCUUCGACCUGCCUACAGAGUACAGAUCCUACGUCCAGUCCAAGGGCCGAGCCCGGGCCCCCGUCUCCAAUUACAUCAUGCUGGCCGAUUCUGAGAGGACAAAGAGCUUCGAAGAGGAUCUAACCACCUACAAGGCCAUCGAAAAGAUCCUGAGGAAUAAAUGCUCCAAGUCGGUGGAGGCGGGGGAGUUUGAGGCAGACCAGAGUCUGGACGACGAUAACCUCCUCCCUCCAUAUGUCCUGCGGUCUGAAGACGGAGGCCCACGGGUCACCAUCAACACGGCCAUCGGACACAUCAACAGGUAUUGCGCUCGGCUGCCCAGUGACCCGUUCACACACCUCGCUCCCAAAUGUAAAACUGUGGAGACGGGCGAUGGACGCUUCCAGUCCACCCUCUUCUUACCCAUAAACUCUCCUCUGAGAGUCCCCGUCAAGGGUCCCAUCAUGAACUGCGCCCGGCUGGCUGAGAAAGCUGUUGCACUGCUCUGCUGUGAAAAACUCCAUAAAAUAGGUGAGCUGGACGACCACCUGAUGCCUGUUGGGAAAGAGACGGUGAAGUACGAGGAGGAGCUGGACCUUCAUGAUGAGGAGGAGACCAAUGUCCCGGGUCGACCUGGCUCCACCAAGAGGAGGCAGUGCUACCCUAAAGCCAUACCCGAGUGUCUGCAGGACAGCUAUGCCCUGCCGGAGCAGACCUACUUCCUAUAUGUGAUCGGGAUGGUCCUUACCACGCCGCUCCCCGAUGAGCUGAACUUCCGCAGGAGAAAGCUGUACCCCCCUGAGGACACGACUCGGUGCUUCGGCAUCCUGACUGCCAAACCCAUACCUCGAAUUCCUCAUUUCCCGGUGUACACCCGUUCUGGUGAGGUGACCAUCUCCAUCGAGCUGCAGAAGUCGGGCUUCACGCUCAGCUCAGCCCAGCUGGACCUCAUCACCCGCAUGCAUCAGUACAUCUUCUCCCACAUCCUCCGCCUGGAGAAACCUGCACUGGAGUUCAAACCCACGCUGGCUGACUCAGCUUAUUGCGUUCUACCUCUGAAUGUUGUUGGAGACUCUGACACUCUGGAUAUGGACUUUAUGUUCAUGGAGGACAUUGAGAAGUCUGAGGCCCGAACAGGCAUUCCUACCACUAAGUACACCAAGCAGAACCCCUUCACCUUCAAGCUGGAGGACUACCAGGAUGCUGUGAUCAUUCCAAGGUAUCGUAACUUCGACCAGCCACAUCGUUUCUACGUCGCUGACGUCUACACCGACCUGACGCCGCUCAGCAAGUUCCCAUCGCCGGAGUACGAGACCUUCGCCGAGUAUUACAAAACAAAAUACAACCUGGACCUGUCCAACCUGAACCAGCCGCUGCUGGAUGUCGACCACACCUCUUCCAGACUCAACCUGUUGACUCCCCGACACCUGAACCAGAAAGGGAAGGCUUUGCCACUAAGCAGCGCAGAGAAGAGGAAGGCCAAGUGGGAGAGCCUGCAGAACAAACAGAUUCUGGUUCCAGAGCUGUGUGCCAUCCAUCCCAUUCCCGCCUCCCUGUGGAGGAAAGCCGUGUGUCUGCCCAGCAUCCUGUACCGCCUCCACUGCCUGCUGACGGCCGAGGAGCUGCGAGCCCAGACUGCCACCAAAGCUGGAGUUGGGGUACAGACCCUCCCCCCCGACUUCAGGUAUCCAAACCUGGACUUUGGCUGGAAGAGAUCCAUCGACAUAAAAACGUUCUGCCCUUGUCCCGAAUCCUGCAGUGAAGAAGACGAUUGUAAGCACCAAAAUCUCACCUUCUUAGCACUUCCCAGCAGUCACCAGGGGCCCCUCCCGGCCCCUGCAGAGGGGCCCUGCACGGGGAACCUAACAAACGGCACUACCGUGACGGAAGACGGCCACAGAGACGAGCACCUUCACCAACAUGACAGUUGCCAAGGCUGCGUUGGCAGCUCUGAAUGGAAACACGACCCUACCUCAGUUCCUGCGCAGAUGCCCCUCAGCUCCAGUCCUCCUCAGCCCAGCCAUGAAUGUACCUCAGGGAGGACCUCACACCACAGUAAUGAAGCUACCUCAGACUGCACUCGUACAGCACCUUCCCCUGACCUCACAGCCGGGCCCCGGGCCGCGGACUCACCCAGGAACCUGGGCCCCAACCCCGGCCUCAUCCUUCAGGCCUUGACUCUGUCCAAUGCCAGCGACGGCUUCAACCUGGAGCGGCUUGAGAUGCUCGGCGACUCCUUUCUGAAGCACGCCAUCACCACCUAUCUGUUCUGCACCUACCCCGACGCACACGAAGGGAGGCUCAGCUACAUGCGCAGCAAGAAGGUGAGACACGCUGAGGUCAGCUGCUGUGUUGGAUUCCAGGAACCAGUUCACAUUCUUUGUGUUCCGCAGGUGAGCAACUGUAACCUGUACCGUCUGGGGAAGAAGAAAGGGCUUCCCAGCCGGAUGGUGGUGUCCAUCUUUGACCCUCCGGUCAACUGGUUGCCGCCUGGAUACGUGGUGAACCAGGACAAGAGCAGCUCGGACAGAGUGGACUCUGAGGAGGCGAGAGAGGAGCUGGUGUCCAACGGGCGAUCUGGGAACGACUUUGAUGACGAGGACAGGGACGACGAGGGUGAAGACGUGGACGAAGACGAGCUGAUGCUGAAGGACGAACCGAAGGAUGACGUCAACAUGGAGGACGACUUGGAAUACUACAAGGAGCACAUCCGUUUCAUCGACAACAUGCUGCUGGGGUCUGGUGCGUUUGGGAAGAAGAUCUCCAUCAGCGGCUUCGGCCCGCCGCUCAGCCCGGCUCCAGGCUCCUCCCCCUCCAUGGACUCCUCCUAUGAUUGGAAGGCCCCCAAGAAGCCCGCCCAGCACUCUGAACAGGCGCACUGCGGCUCGGCGGCCGAGGAGUUCGACUACAGCUCGUGGGACGCCAUGUGCUACCUGGACCCCAGCAAGGCGGGCGAGGAGGACGACUUUGUGGUGGGAUUCUGGAACCCGUCGGAGGAGAACUGCGGCACCGAGCUCGGGAAGCAGUCCAUCUCCUACGACCUGCACACGGAGCAGUGCAUCGCAGACAAGAGCAUUGCCGACUGUGUGGAGGCUCUGCUGGGCUGCUACCUGACCAGCUGUGGAGAGCGGGCCGCCCAGAUGUUCCUCUGCUCGCUGGGUCUCAAGGUGCUGCCGGUGCAGAGGGGGUCUCACACGGCGCUGCUGGUACCGGCUGUUCUGACUCCAGCCGUGGAGCUGAUGUACGGCUGGCUGAAGAUCCCGCCCCGCUGCAUGCUGGACCAUCCUGACGCAGAGCGCACGCUGCAGCACCUCAUCUCGGGGUUCGAGAACUUUGAGAGGAAAAUCAACUACACGUUUCAGAACAAGGCUUACCUGCUGCAGGCCUUCACCCACGCCUCCUACCAUUACAACACCAUCACAGAUUGCUACCAGCGGCUGGAGUUUCUUGGCGACGCGAUCUUAGACUACCUCAUAACGAAGCACCUUUACGAAGACCCUCGGCAGCAUUCGCCCGGCGUGCUGACGGACCUGCGCUCGGCGCUAGUCAACAACACCAUCUUCGCCUCGCUCGCUGUCAAAUAUGACUACCACAAGUUCUUCAAGGCCAUCUCUCCAGAGCUGUUCCACGUCAUCGACGACUUUGUGCAGUUUCAGCUGGAGAAGGACGAGAUGCAGGGCAUGGACUCUGAGCUGCGACGCUCCGAAGAAGACGAAGAGAAGGAAGAGGACAUCGAGGUGCCCAAGGCCAUGGGGGACAUCUUUGAGUCUCUGGCUGGAGCCAUCUACAUGGACAGCAGGAUGUCCCUGGAGACGGUGUGGCAGGUCUACUAUCCAAUGAUGAGGCCUCUCAUCGAGAAAUUCUCCGCCAACGUUCCUCGCUCUCCAGUCCGGGAACUCCUGGAGAUGGAACCAGAAACUGCCAAGUUUAGCCCAGCGGAGCGUACCUACGACGGGAAGGUGCGUGUGACGGUGGAAGUUGUCGGGAAGGGGAAGUUCAAAGGAGUCGGCCGCAGCUACCGGAUCGCCAAGUCGGCGGCGGCCCGCCGAGCUCUGCGCAGCCUCAAAGCCAAUCAACCUCAGGUCCAGACCAACUGAGCUGCCAGCUCGCAGCAUUAGCACCUAGCAGAGAGAACGGCGCGGCGUUCCCGUGAAGACGCCACAGCAGAGCACUCUGAGCUCACAUCCCGUUUGUUUUUUUCCCUUUUUUUUUCUUUUCUUUUGUUUGUUUGCGCAGACACAAUCUUUCUUUGUGCUUCGUGUGAUCACGAGUGCUUUAUCGUCCCGGCCGAAGAGGUCAGGUGUGCUGCUGUGUCCGUGAGACGAGCCUCACACUUCGACCCCGGAACGGACGAAGCUCGGUUGGAGCGAAACGCGGCUCUCCGUCUCCGCCUCCUCAUCGGUUUGCACUUAUUCCACCAGUUUUCUGAACAGUCACUCUGACACCAAAAUCCCCUUUGUAGCAAAGCAAGAGAAUAUAUCUGUAAACAAGAACUCCAUGAUGAUGAUGAUGAUGCGGCCUCGGACGCUAAGGCCGGCCCUCAUAUCCUGAAAUAGGAAUCCCAACAUUCCCAGUUACUGUAGUUGGUCCCAUGUUGCUGUGGCUUUUGUGGAAACGCACGGUCGUCUUGGCAACGGAUCUACCAAAGCUGAACCAACAUGCGACGACGCUCUGAGGCCGAAUGAUUCCUGCGGAGUUUAGGAUUUUAUUCCCUCUGAUUAAUGUUGCUUCCUGCUAAAUGUGGUCGAUAAGCCCUGUUUGUUGUUUUUUUUGUUUUGUUUUAUUUUAUUUUUUUUCAUGAAUACCUCAGUUAACUGCAUGCAUCUCUCGUCUUCUUUCUGUUUGUUUGGUGCUAUGUUUUUGUAUUAAGCUUGAACUUCUCAUCUUUUUUGCACUGUAACUACAAUACCUCCUUAUUUGACCUUUUGUUGACCUGUCGCCAUGAAGCCUCGCCACCUUACGCUCGUCGGAAGAGGGGGUGGGGCCAAGUUAGCUGUUAGUGAUUGGCUCCGUGCAGACGCAUCAUCAGUGUUGCUGCAGAGGGGUCGGGGGUCAUCAGGCUGCACUCUGGGGUCCGUGUGGUUUCUACCUCAGCUCCGUGACGCCGUCGGCGACGCCCGCUGCAGCCGUGUUCCUCAGUGCCUUCCCGCGGGAAUCCUCCACUCAUCGACAUUUGAGAUGGACACGUUUAUGAACUGUACAGUGUACCAGCAUUCAACCCACUGAAGGGUAGGGCUGCAUAGUUGGAAAUGAUCAGCAGCUGGAAAUCAACGUUAAAGUUUCCACUUUCUGUAUAUUUAAAAGCAGAUAUUUUCCCCAAUAUAUUUCAAUGUUUAAAAGGUUGAAGAAGUGAUGGAGAAAACGCCUCUGAAUCAGGCGACAGACGGUUAGAAAUCUGGACGGAUCCGUCCAUUUCAGUGUGUUGAUCUGCUCGGUUUUCAAGCCGCUCGUGUCGUCGUGGUAACCUCGCUCUGUCUCUGCAGCUCCUGCCCGCUCGUCGGCUCGGCCCGGUCCGGCGGAGUGCAGCCUGCGGUCGCCUCGGAUCCGCUGUGAACUCAGACUCUAGAGAGUGAAAUGUCUCGGUCAGACUCUGCAUUCUCCUCCUCCUCCUGGCUCUCGUCGUUUCCUUUUUCGUUGUUAAACAUGUAGCACAAAGAGCAUUGCACUUGCCGCCAUAUUUUACCUCAUGUCAGAGCGGAAGGGAGCAGGCGAAGGAGAAGAGGGAACCGCCGGUGUUAAACAGAACGUUCCUGCAGGUCGCCACCUGACCCCGCACUGGAACAAACUGAUCCGCUGCCCUCCCAUCAGUCCAACCACAGAGGACUGCUGAGAGCUCAUGUCAGAACCCAGUUCUGUUUGGAUCAGGUCUCCACCCAGCUCAUGCUUUCCUGUUAGAUCUGAGUUAAUAAAGUUGCUCAGUUUUGUAUGAGAGAAACUUUCAGCUGUUUUUUACACAAAUCGAUGAUCAAGUUUGACUGAGAGUCAGAACCACAUUCGUCUUUCACUCUUUUCGAACUUCUGCGAUGAUUGAUGUUUGUGAGAAUCUACAGUUGUCAGUUUUGCUUUAGAUGACUUGAACUUUUUCCAGUGUAUUUCAGGAAGGCUGAUUCUUCCUCCUCCUGCGUUUUCCUGUGAAUUAUUGAUCCGGUUGUUGCUGGGUUGUUGUUUCUCUGAGGUUUUUUUUAAGUUGCCAUCUGUUUGGGCGGUUAGGUGCCUCGGUUAACUCCAGUUUCUUCCUGAUCUGAAGAGUUCUGAUGGUGGUUGUUGGUGUUUCAGCUUCAGCAGAACGUGAAUAUUUUUAUCAGUCCAGCACAACGCUGGGCUGCGUUCCUGGACCUCAGUCACUGAGCAAACUCACAUCACACUGCAGAAACAAAAUCUUACCAAGUAAUUUUUAUUUAGUUUCCAGUGCAAAUAUCUUACUACACUUGAAAUAAGACAACUAACUUUCAAGUAACAAUUCACCAAGAUAUAGGAGCUUGUUUUAAGUCGAUAAUUUCUUAAUGUUGAUGAAAAAUUACUAGUUCAAUUGGCAGAUUAUGUCACUUAUAAUGUGGGAAAAAUUUCUUUUUAAAAGUGAACAAGUACUUUUUUUUAUCAGUAUUAAGAAAUUACUGACUCUAAACAAGCUCCUUUAUCUUGCUGAAAAGUUUCUUAUAUUUGUUUUUGUCUUGUUUCCAGUGUAUUAAGAUUUGUUCUAGAAGCUAAAUCAAAAAUACUUGGUAAAAUUGUGUUUUGCACUCCUGGUUUUAGUUUGACAAAUUAAAAGAUGUUUUUAUAUAAACAGAACUCAAACUCAGAUUACUGUUUUGUCGUUUCGGUUCUGAUGUUCUGGAGAAAAGUGCCGAUGAAGCUCCAUCUCUGAAUAGUCCAGCCUCAGGAUUUACAAGAGGGAUGGAGAAGCUGAGUGACUGAGCUCCAGCAGAGGGCAGUGGUGGGCUGUGAUGUGCAGCUGAACAGAUCCGCUUCAGGUCCAGAGUUUUGGAUUUGAUUUUAUUGACGGUUCUGAAUGCAGAGGCUGGUCUGAGGUCAGUUCUAGCAGAGCUGGGUGUCUGUGCCGUGUUGGGGGCCGAUCCGGGGUCGGUUCGCGAGACCGUCAGGAACGUUAACGUAACAGCGAUCUGCAGUGGUGUACAGUCUGCACCUUAUGGAGCACAGAGACCUGUACCAUGUUGUUUUCUUUGGAUGUUUCUGUUUGUGUAGCUCUGUAUAUCUCCAAUAAAGUCCUGAUCAUCA